AUGCAGCGGGCCUACGGCGGGCGGCGGCGCGACAACUCUGGGGUCUUAUCAGAACAGUGCGAACCCCAAUUUAGUUUAGUGCAUAUUCUGAUAAGCUCCCCUCGUGGAUGCCCAAGUCAAGAGAAACCUGGCUUCUCACUCUACGGCUCAUAUCGACAUGGCUCUAUCGAAAAUCAUACAAAUUCCCGCCCAUGUUUCCUGGUGCCGAGAUUUCCUAUCUUGAUAGACAUGGGUUGUCAAGAUGGACCCUCCAAUGUGGAUGUCCGCGGAAGCGGUCUUGAUACGGGCGCCAUGCUCUAG